AUGAGUACAUCACAGCUCCAAGCGAAAUCUUCGGUCGAUGGUUAUUCUGCACUACCGGAAGAAGAUCAACAUCAUAUGGAUGCUUUAGAACGUGCUGAGGUCGACGAUUCGACGAAACUCGAUUCGGUGGAAGUCUCUACCCCGUUGCCUGAGACGGCUAAGACUCAGAAAUUAUGCCAUUAUUGCGAGCAAAUGUUUUCUACAAUUGAGAACCUGCAACUCCUAGCCUCCGAAGAAGGCUAUGAGCAUAAGAAUCUAAGAGGACUCGAAGAAGCAGGGGGUCGUGGAUGCGGUUUAUGCAAAGUCAUAAGAAAAUGCUAUCCUAGAUUCAAAACUGGGAAUUCGCACAUGAGGGUGCACGCUCGUCUCGUUGAGAAUAGAAUCGAAAACAGACUGCCCAUUUCCACGAGGAACUCGACGUUUGUUGAAAAACACUUACUCCCGAGACUCAGAGGAUCUACUAUAUUAGCUGAAUAUCCGUUUGAUGGAUACAAAAUUGAUAGACUUACUGUGAACUCUCCCGAAUCUCCAUUCAACCAGAUUUGUCUUUUGGCUGAUGAAGGGAGUUGGGCGGGUCUGUAUAUUGAGCGGCAACCUCUUGUGGCCAAGGACAAUUUUGAAAGAAUCAUCCCCCAAAUUAAGAAGUGGCUAAAUGACUGCCACCAUCAUCACUCAACAUUUUGUCGAUACUCUACACCAAAAUUACCCACGAGAGUGCUUCAAAUAGAAUCUGAAACCACUAGUCUAGUUCGCUUACAUGUGAGUAGACCCGAUCAAGAAGACGACUAUAUUGCUUUGAGCUACUGUUGGGGUGGACCUCAGAGCUUUAAAACUACUGCUUCUACCUUAGAACAUUGCAUGCGUGGCUUUGACAGCAAUGAUCUACCCUUAACUCUCAAGGAUACAAUUUUCAUCGCUAGAAGUAUUGGCAUACGAUAUAUUUGGAUUGACGCACUGUGUAUUAUUCAAGAUAACGAGGUUGAUAAAGCCAGAGAGAUUGAGAAAAUGGGAGACAUUUACAAGAAUGCCACAAUAACGAUAUCUGCGGCUGGCUCAACUUCAAUAGACGGGGGGUUAUUCAAUCAUGAACCCACUCCCGAGUUAUUGGAGAUUCCAUUCUGCUUGCCCGACAAAUCUCUCUCGAAGGUAUAUAUUUCAAGCGACGUGUACCAUUUUGAAUCAGAAGAUCCUCUGAAUAGAAGAGCCUGGUGUUUCCAGGAAUCAAUACUAUCACCCAGAUUGCUUUCUUUUCGAUCUACGGAACUAAUAUGGCAAUGCCAGACCUUAAAAUUUGAGCCCGUUGUAAGAAGUAACCAUGUAUACGCGUGGGAAGUUCUUCAAGCACCUGCAAAUGUCUUUCGACGGGACGUGGCGGUAGAAAUAACCGACUCUUUUCAUCGCGCCAAAACUUGGAACUGGAUUGUUGAAAACUUCGCCAGGCGUGAUCUUACGAACCCUGAAGAUCGCUUGCCUGCCAUUUCUGCUAUUGCAAAAGAACUCGCUUUGGUGUGGAAUGACGAGCAUGUUUUUGGUUUCAUGAGAAACACAAUCGAACACCAUUUGUCUUGGGAGGCACAAAGAUUUUGGUGCAUUGAUGGUAAGAAUCUUAGCAAUGUGAGAAAUCGACGUGUUCCUUCCUGGUCCUGGGUCUCAGUUGAUUUUCCGAUCAACUUUACAGACAUGGAUGCGGAAAUUCAUGUCACAUGUCUUGAGAUUGACAACACGCCAACGUGCGGGAAAAUCGUUCUCCGAGCCAAAGUUCUCUCCCUAGAAGCUCAUCCGAUGAACAGUGAGCAAGAAGAACACUUCCAAGACUUUUACGAUUUCCGUGAGAAUCUCAAGGCCGAAGCGUGUACACUCAUGCUACUGAGAGAGCGUACUUCUUAUAAAGAUGGUAAAUGUGACCAGUCCUUUUUGAUUUUAAAAAGAUUGAGCAAUGGUUAUUAUCAGCGUGUUGGUCUAUUUAAAUGUGAAUUGUAUUUAAGGGCCUACCCUUUGGAGGAUUGGAUGCGACCUAGUACUCUCAGACGAUUGUUCAAAUCUAUUGAGAUGUCUCGAAUUACUAUCAUUUAGCUACUAUGGAUAUCGCAGGAUUCGAAAGUAUUGUGAGGUUUAGAGUUCUAGGAGCUGAUCAUUGA